AUGCUGCAAAAGCCUGUGAUCAUCAACUGCAAGGAUCUCGAGUUGAUAUUAUUCGCUCCUAGAUCAUUCAUCAACUACUACACCGGUCUCAGAAACCGAAAUCUGGUAUUGAAUCAUGAAAAUUCAAGCAAUUUCCACAUCAAUGAUCUUCGUAUGUUGGUUGAGAACUGGAAAACCUCCGAUCGACCAAUUGGCUCAAGUUUCUGUUAUUUCUCAUUAGAAAGCGAUAGAUAUUUCAACAUGGAUUCAUUGGAACUGCAAGGCACUUUUCCAGUUGAAAUUGAACGUAACGCAACAAAAAUGCGAGGAAUCGGUAUGAAAAUGGACGACAAUCGAGUUCUGUUCUUGUAUCAUGGUAGACAUCCGGUUGGAUUUUGGUACCACCCAGCAUUGAAGAUGGAAGUGGUUGCGAGUGGAUCGAAGAAGAAGAAUGAGGAUUCCAAGCCAUAG